AUGUCUUCUGAAUCACCUAUUGUACAGGUGGCAGAGCCAGAGGAAACAUAUACUAGUGAUGACUUGAUCUAUCAACAACAACCACAACAGCCACAACAACAAGAUGAGCUCGACGAUUUUGAUAAUCACGAUGCUAUUCCUCAGAAACUAAAGUUAGACUUGAGAGGCACUCGUAUGGAACUACACCGAGAUACGCUAGUCAACUUGCCAGAAAGCUUGUUAAUUGCCAUGUUUCCUAAUGGACUUGUUUUAGCUCGGCCCAAUGAAGAGUUUGAUGAGGAAGAUGAAGAUUAUGACGGACACUCGGUAGGCAUGGACGAGCAAGUGAAUAUUGUCGAUUUUGAUCCUGCCUGUCUCGAAUACGUCUUGCAAUUCUAUACACACGCUGCUCAAGUGCGCGACCAAAACCAACAGAAUGCAGACCUUCAGCGCCUCUUGGCUGCCUCUGCUGCUUCCUCGCCUGUGUAUUAUACAUUGUUGACUAAGCAGCCCAUUAUCGUACUCCGUGAAGAACUGGAGUAUUUCUGUUUACCUACACAAAAGAAUCAGAAUGCCAAGCACCUUAAAUUGGCCUCUGGACAAUUUCUAAAGCAACACGAUCUUAUUUUUGAUGCACUCCAAAAGAAUAUUUCGCGCGAGAACAAUGUUGCAGAACAGCAUUUGAUUGAUAUGCUUUGUGAUGCUGGUUUCCAGCGCGAUGAUCACUGGGGAUAUCGAGAAAUUGAACCAAUGCGUACUACGAUUGUAAGCAUGGCUCUUGUUUUGUUAAAAACGAUUGGUCCAAACAAUCAUAUGGCAACUGCUCAAAAACUCUUUUUGUUUUGGAGAAAGCCAGCAAGGAAAUGCUGGUGGGAUGGCAAUUCUGUAGAAAUUGAAGGCCAAUCCAUUCGUUUAUGGGCAAGAAGAACUUGGACGUUAGAAUUGGCUCUCGUAUAA